AUGAGUUCUUCGUCAUCUUCAUCUGGUGACGAUGAACUCAUACUAGCAGCAUUUGCCGAGCGCGAGGAGGAAGAGAGGAUGAACGCUCGACGCCACGGCGGUUCGAAGCAUGGACGUCGAGCAAUUGAUCGAGGAAGAGAUGCUGGAUUUGUUCUCCUGUGGGACGACUACUUCAAAGCAGUUCCUCGCUAUCCCGAACAUUUGUUUCGACGAAGAUUUAGGAUGUCCCGUGAUUUGUUCAACCGCAUAGCUGAUGGUAUACUUGAGCGUGACUAUGAUGGUUAUUUUACGCAAAAAAGAAGUGCUUCUAGAGCUCUUGGGUUACAUCCUCUGCAAAAGAUGACCGCGGCAAUGCGGAUGCUAACAUAUGGAAUAGCUGCUGAUGGUGCUGAUGAGUACAUCCGGUCCGCUGAGGCUACUAAUUUAGAGUCUUGCAAGAAAUUUGUGAUCAAACUAGCCGAAGGUCAAACUCCUGCAGUGAAUUAUAGCAUCAAUGGCCAUCAGUACACAAUGGGGUAUUACCUUGCAGAUGGUAUCUAUCCACGGUGGGCAACAUUUGUGAAGAGCAUACCAGCUCCAGAUACAAGAAAGCAUAAAACUUUUGCGAAGAAGCAAGAGGCGUGCAAGAAAGAUGUGGAACGAGCCUUUGGAGUUCCGCAGUCCCGUUUUGCCAUUGUUCGUGGACCUGCUAAAGGAUGGAAACGUAAAGAAAUCGGUGAUGUCAUGAAAGCUUGUGUCAUAAUGCACAAUAUGAUAGUUGAAGAGGAGCGAGAAACUGGUCGACAAAACUGCUCUUAUGAGACAAUGGGAGAAAGAGUCACAGUCUCUCGUACUCAUGCGGAACAACUGAGCUCUUUUAUUCAGAUGACUCACCAGAUUAGAAAUAAAGCUGAACAUACUCAGCUUAAGCUUGAUCUAAUUGAACUCAGGCCAUGA